AUGAAGGGUCCUGCUUUCACAUGGAAUAAUAAUCGGAAAGGCUCAGCUUUGAUCCGGAUAAGGCUGGAUCGUGCUCUUUCAAAUCAUAAUUGGAGGACGACUUAUUGUAAUGCUGCAGUUAUUGUCAAGCAAACUGUGGGCUCAGAUCACUUGGCUCUUGUUAUCGAUACUGAAGGUGGUGCUUUUCGUGGUCAACGCCCCUUUCUCUUUGAAUCCAUGUGGUUUAACCACAGAUCUGAGCAUGAAGUUUAUCAAGAAAUUCUUGAUCACUUUAAUACGGCCUUCACCUCUGAAGGCGUAAAUGAUGCUGCAUUGAAACAGGUUCAACAACCAGAGUCUACUGACCAAUACAGGCCAAUUGCACUAUGUGCGGUGCUGUUACAGGUCAUCACUAAGAUCUCAGCGAAUCGUCUGAAGAUGGUUCUUGAAGACAUUGUUGCUCCUACACAAUCAGCAUUUAUUCCGAAUCGAUCAAUUUCAGACAAUUCCUUCAUAGCUUAUGAGCUUUUCAACUAUAUGGGCAAAAGGAAGAAAGGUCAAAAGAAGGACAAAUGGGUCAAUCUAAUCAUGGCAAGUGUCAGCUUGGUGAACUACAAAUUCCUAAUCAAUGGUGCUACUCAAGGUGCAAUCCAACCUACUAGAGGAAUCCGCCAGGGUGACCCUCUAUCACCAGCCCUAUUUAUUAUCUGUUCCCAAGCCCUAAAUAGCACUUUGACACAGGCAAAAUCGAGUGGAUCCAUCCAUGGUGUUCGUGUUCGCAACCAAUCCCAGCCGGUAACUCAUCUUCUAUUUGCAAAUGAUUUACUUAUUUUCUCUGAAGUUCGUGUUGCAGAAAUCUUUACUUUGAAAGACACCCUCGAUAUUUAUUGUCGUGCUUCAGGCCAAGCCAUCAAUCUUAAAAAGUCCACCAUGAUAUUUAACUCUAAUACACCCUUAAAGUUAAAGAAGUGCUUUUCCCGUAUUUUAAAAGUCCCUUAUGGUGUGGGACCGAAAAAAUACUUAGGUUUGCCUACACAAUUUGGUGUUUCUAAGGCUGAUCUUUUCAAGGAUAUUUCAGAGAAGGUUACAAAGAAAUUUGAGGGUUGA